AUUACGUUUUUUAUUCUAUGAAUGCUCUCAGAGGAAUUUUCUCAAUCAGAAUGUAUUCUUUAGCCUCUUUUGUGUGAAUUUUGAUGCUUUUCUAUCUCGAAAAAAACAAUUAAAUUGAAGAAAUAAAAUGUUUCACGUUUGGAUCAGUGACCCAAUGGACGCGAAAGGGUUAAAAUCCAAAUUCCAAAUUUUGUAAACACUUCAGUUGAGUUUGAUUGAAAUUCUUUUGCUGUGUCUGAGGAAAAAUUUGAAAAUCGAGUAUUUUUCUUGGAUUUUCCUCAAUGUGAAGUGCUUUUGUGCGUGCGUGAGUGUGUGAAAAAGCCUAAAAUUGACACAGAAAAUGACCAUGGGCGACGAUACGCCAGUAACAUCGCUAAUUCUGCCUGUUUUGAUACGCCCCAUCUUGUCCCAGCUGGAGAGACGAGAUGUAGUUGCAUCCCAGACCCUCAGGGCGGCUCUCACGAAGGCAGAACAAACACAUCCGGGACUGACGUACGACCUUGUGAUGGGCAUCAUCCGGAAGGGGGAGAUUAAUGUAAACAUGAACGAGAGUAUCCUCAGACUCCAAGGGGCAGCGUCUGAUUCUGACUUGAUUGAAUACCGACUGAAUCGUACGGAAGAUGCUUUUCAGGAGCUCAAUAAGAAAUCAGCAUCCCUCAAGCGUAUCCUUAGCCGAAUACCAGAUGAAAUAACAGACCGAAAGACUUUUCUUGAGACAAUAAAAGAGAUAGCCAGUGCCAUCAAAAAGCUGCUGGAUGCAGUGAACGAGGUGGUUGGCUUCAUCCCUGGGACAUCGGGGAAGCAAGCGGUGGAGCAGAGAAAGAAGGAGUUUGUCAAGUAUUCCAAGAAAUUCAGUACUACGCUUAAAGAGUACUUCAAAGAGGGACAAGCAAAUGCCGUCUUCAUCAGUGCUCUCUACCUGAUCCACCAAACAAAUCAGAUUAUGAUCACUGUGAAGAAUAAAUGUGAAUGAGAUUCACUUUCACGGCGUAGUGUGAAAAGGGAAGUCAAGCAGGAGCCGUCUUCGUGAGAAUUAUUUAAUUGAAAAAAAAGGACAUCCAAUCUGCGUAAGAGUUAGAAUGAUUUUCUUAUUUGAAAAAAGUGUUGUUAUCCACAAAAUAAUAUUUAAUGAAAAAAAAAAUAUGGACUACUUAUUGAUUUAUUCGUUACAUAAAAAAGAAACGGUUUAUCCCGUAAUUAAUUAAUUAAUUAAAAAGGAAAAGAAAAUGUCCAGAGGACAAAGUCCAACACACACACACAUACACUGAAGUAUAAUAAUGUAGAUAGCGAAAAUAUAUUUGGUAUUUUUAUGAAGAAAUACUGACAGAGAGAGAAAUCUAAUUGAUGAGAGAGAGAAAGAGAGUAUUUUGAGAAUGUGAAAAUAUCUUCAGUUUUUCUUUAUAAAUAAUCGUUAUAUAUUUAAUCUUCCAAGUAUUUUCUUUUUGUUAUAAAAGUCACUUUAAUACAAAAGUAAAGAAGAAAUUA